AUGCCAGAGUUAGCUCAUGCUUUAAUUAACAAAAAAGAAAAGCAACUAAAAUUAAUUAAUCAAGUUGUAGAUGAAGUAAUAGUAAAAAUUAAAUCUGACACAGAUAAAGACAAUGAAAUUCAACUUAAAAAAGAAAUAGCAGAAGUAGAAGCAUUCAAAUUACAAAAUCAACAA